CAUUGUGAUAGGAGUGCCUACAAUCAAGAGAGACGUGCAGAGCUACUUGAUGGAAACUCUUCAUUCUCUCGUCAGCGGGCUGUCACAAGAAGAGAAACUUGAGUGUCUUAUUGUAGUCUUCAUCGCAGAGGCAGACAAAGAUUAUGUCACAAAGGAAGCAGCAAAAAUACAAAAAGAAUUUUCAGCAGAAGUGGAUUCCGGAUUGAUAGAGGUGAUAUCCCCCCCUGCCGAAUAUUAUCCUGAUCUCAACAGUAUAAAAGAAACAUUUGGUGACACAGCUGAAAGAGUCAAGUGGAGAACGAAACAAAAUUUGGAUUUCUCCUUUUUAAUGAUGUAUGGGAGAAUAAGAGGAAAAUACUACUGUCAGGUGAGUCACAAUAAUAUGAAUUCUUUAUUUUAAACAUAUUAGACAUAUUUAUGUUUUAUUUUAAAUCUGUCUGACCCAGAUAAAGUUCUGGGGCCCAUCUUACAAAGAGUUGCGAUUGAUCCGAUCAAUUGCAACUAUGGAAAGCCGGCAAAGCCAUCAUACAUGUACAAAAUGCAUGUUUGUUCAAAAAAAUUUCUAGAGAUGAUUUAUAUUCAUAAAUUCAUUGAUUUCUUGACAAUUUGGUGUGUUCUCCUUUGUUUACAAAGGACAUUUUGCAAAUUUCCUGUAGAAAAAUUUAUGACACUGAUGGUUUUCCAUAGACUUACGAUUGAUUGGAUCAAUCGUAAUUCUUUGUAAGACUGGCCCCUGGUGUGUUAUAAAUGAGCCUGGAAAAAGAUUCUCACAUUCCUGUGGUAACUGAUUUGCAUUCUACUUGCCUAGCUCAUGGAUUGCUUGCACGGAUUAAAUUACACAGGGUCUCGUGGAAAUUUUGCCCUAGAAAUGGUCAAAAGGUUAAAAAAGAGCCCAUGAAAACACCCAUUCACUGCAGUGCUGCAGAUUUACACAGUAAGUUGUGAAAAGUAGAUCCCGAAAAUGUAAAAAAAAUCAAUCAAUGUUUUGCCUGAUUGCUUGUUAUUUAUAGUGCAAAUACAUACUUUAAUGACAUGGAUGAAAUCACUGCUAAACGCUCCCGUGUAUUUUUUUGAAUGAUAUGUACACAGUUUUAACUUUGAUAUGGUAUUAAAGAUGUUGAUAUGCGAGUUUUUUUUUUUUUGAAGUAACAGAAAAGUAAUACUCAGGGGCUUAUAUAUAAAGUCACCCCUGAAAUGCCCCCAGGAGCCCUGGAAAAAUAUCCAAAAGAGAGCCCCUGAAAUUCACAUAGGGUCCAGUGAAAACUGUAGUACAAAGGAGCAAAUUCGGCUGGUGACGGAAAAAAUUUCACAGGGGCUCUCCGCUCUGGGCGAUUUCACCCCCAAAAUGCUCUUCAAAAGAACCUUGAAAAAUAAAAUUAGCCCGGGAAAACCCCACUUUCUUUUAGCUUUGCUAUUGUUGCAGAUUUAGCCAGUAGGUUGUGAAAGUAGCGCCCCCUAAUAUUUUUUAUUAUUUUUUGCCUGGCUUUUGAGCUCAUCAAUUAGCCCCUCCCCUGUCCCCCCUGCAAAGGACCACGCACUGCAGCCCUUCACUAUGUGUGAACAAUCUGAUCAAACUACAGAUUCCUGCAUUUGUCAAGUAAAAAAAAAAGUGAACUAUUUCAUAAUUCAUUAACACAAAUUAUGUUGCUUGCUGAGUAUACAUUAUUUUCUGAUCCGCUUUUGGUUCGGACUAUUUGAGGGUGAAUUAAUAAAAAGGGUAGUCUCCGGGGGCGGGACUGGGUGUGACGCGUAAGAAAUUAAAAAAAAACUCAAAUGUGAGAGAGUGAGGCGACUGAGCUUGUCAUUGUGGCACUUUUGCAUUUUAUAAAGUGAAAUUGAAGGAUAUUUGUGUACAUUUUUUAUGAAUAUUCUGAUUUUUUCCCCCUCAAAUUUCUGGGGGGGGGGGGGGGCAACUGCCCCACCCCCUUCUGCAUAUGACCAUGUAUUGCAUCAUCUUCACAUGGAAGAUGACAUCAGUAGUUCACUCAAGAGAAAAUUGGAAAGGGAAAAAUAAAUCCUGAAGGCUUUCUUCACACCUUCAACACAGCUUGGUGAGGAAAGAGAAACAUUUUAGAUGAAACCGCAAGGAUAAUGAUGGAACUCAGAGGAAGCUUGGGCUCUGUUCUGGGUACAUAAUCAGUCAAGGGUAUUAAUCAACAUGGCAGUCCUGUCACUGCUCAUAGGCAAGAAGGGCCUGCAAUUGCUGACGUUAUAGGAUCCCAAUUUUCAUUUGCUACCCCCC